UUUAGCGCCGCGGAAGGCAGUUCCCACACCGCCCCGUGUAGCCCGGGUGGACGUUGACAGGGUAAAGGCUCGUCUGCGGUACCUCGCUGCUGGGCUCGCUCGCUGUGUGAGGUAAUCUGCAAUGCUGGAACGAAGUAACUCAAGAUGAGCAAGCUAAAAGUGGUAGGAGAGAAAAGCCUUACCAAUAGUUCUCGGGUUGUCGGGCUCCUGGCUCAGCUGGAGAAGAUCAAUACGGACCCCACAGAGUCGGAUAAUGUCAGAUAUGUCACAUCCAAGAUUCUGCAUCUGGCCCAAAGUCAAGAAAAAACAAGGAGGGAAAUGACAACCAAAGGUUCUACGGGCAUGGAAGUUCUGCUGUCAACAUUGGAGAACACGAAAGAUCUUCAAACUAUACUUAAUAUCUUAAGCAUUCUUGUCGAGCUGGUAUCUUCUGGUGGAGGCCGAAGAGCAAGUUUCUUAGUUGCCAAAGGUGGUUCACAAAUACUGUUACAACUGCUAAUGAACGCCAGCAAAGACUCCCCUCCCCACGAGGAGUUGAUGGUACAGACUCAUUCCAUCCUUGCAAAGAUCGGACCCAAAGAUAAAAAGUUUGGAGUGAAGGCUCGAGUGAAUGGGGCACUGAAUGUCACCCUGAAUUUGGUCAAGCAGCACUUUCAGAACUAUCGCUUGGCCUUCCCUUGUCUUCAGCUCUUGCGAGUGUAUUCUACCAACUCUGUGAAUGCAGUAUCUUUAGGUAAAAAUGGAGUUGUGGAGCUGAUGUUUAAAAUCAUUGGACCUUUCAGUAAGAAGAAUUCGGGUCUUAUGAAGGUUGCUUUAGACACUCUUGCUGCAUUGCUAAAAUCAAAAACAAAUGCCAGGAGAGCCGUAGACAGAGGAUAUGUUCAAGUGCUUUUAACAAUUUAUGUAGAUUGGCACCGCCAUGAUAACCGGCAUAGAAACAUGCUUAUUCGGAAAGGAAUUUUACAGAGCUUAAAAAGUGUCACAAACAUCAAAUUGGGAAGGAAAGCAUUUAUUGAUGCGAAUGGGAUGAAAAUUCUGUACAACACUUCACAAGAAUGCUUGGCCGUCAGGACCCUUGAUCCUCUUGUCAACACCUCUAGUCUGAUAAUGAGGAAGUGUUUCCCCAAAAACCGCUUGCCACUACCAACCAUUAAAAGCUCUUUCCACUUCGAGUUGCCGAUUAUCCCUGUGACUGGACCUGUGGCUCAGCUCUACAGCUUACCCCCUGAAGUGGACGACGUAGUAGACGAGAGUGAUGACAAUGAUGACGCUGAUUUAGAAGCUGAAAAUGAAGUCGAAAAUGAAGAUGACCUAGAUCAAAGUUUUAAGAAUGAUGAUAUUGAAACAGAUAUUAACAAGUUAAAGCCCCAGCAAGUACCAGGACGCACAGUAGAAGAACUGAAGAUGUACGAGCACCUUUUUCCUGAGCUCAUUGAUGAUUUCCAGGACUAUGAAUUAAUCUCCAAGGAACCCAAAUCUCUUGUGUUUGAGGGGAAAGUCCGAGGCCCUAUUGUUGUUCCCACGGCUGGAGAGGAAGCGUCUGGAAACUCAGGUAGUGUAAAGAAAGGAGCUGUACUGAAGGAGAAGAUGUUUCCCAAGGGCGAGGAAGCCAAGGAAGACGGCAAGGGCAGUGGUGGUCAGAACAGAACUGCUUCCUCAGCUCACAGCUUCAGCAGUGACAUCGUGAAGGCCUUGGACCGGAUCACCUUGCAGACCAGUCCUUCCCAAGUAGGCCCGAGGAAGGACUGUGGUCUCCCUCUCUCGGUCCUCUCGUGCACGAAAGCAUGUCCACAGGUGGCUACGUGCGGAAGUACUCUAUUUGAAGGGCGGACGGUCCAGCUUGGGAAGCUUUGUUGUACUGGAGUUGAAACUGAAGAUGAUGAAGAUAGCGAGUCCAACUCGUCAGUCGAGCAGGCCUCCUCUGUGGAAGUCCCUGAUGGACCAACGCUGCACGACCCAGACCUCUAUAUCGAGAUUGUGAAAAGCACGAAGUCUGUUCCAGAGUAUUCAGAGGUGGCUUAUCCUGAUUAUUUUGGUCACAUUCCACCUCCAUUCAAAGAGCCCAUUUUAGAAAGGCCUUAUGGUGUACAAAGGACAAAGAUUGCCCAAGACAUCGAGAGGCUAAUACACCAGUGUGACAUCAUAGACCGGGUGGUGUAUGACCUGGACAACCCCAACUAUGACACUCCAGAAGAAGGAGAUAUUUUGAAGUUUAACUCAAAAUUUGAAUCUGGGAAUCUGCGCAAAGUAAUUCAAAUUAGAAAAAACGAGUACGACCUCAUUCUGAACUCGGAUAUCAACAGUAAUCAUUAUCACCAGUGGUUCUACUUUGAAGUCAGCGGGAUGCGGCCUGGUGUUGCGUACAGGUUCAACAUCAUCAACUGUGAGAAGUCCAACAGCCAGUUUAAUUAUGGUAUGCAACCGCUUAUGUAUUCAGUUCAGGAAGCUCUCAACGCCAGACCGUGGUGGAUUCGUAUGGGGACUGACAUUUGUUACUACAAAAAUCACUUCUCAAGAAGUUCAGUUGCUGCAGGUGGACAGAAGGGAAAGUCCUACUAUACAAUUACAUUCACUGUGAACUUCCCACAUAAAGAUGAUGUCUGCUAUUUUGCCUAUCACUAUCCAUAUACAUAUUCAACUCUGCAGAUGCAUCUUCAAAAAUUGGAAUCAGCACACAAUCCUCAGCAAAUUUAUUUUCGAAAAGAUGUGCUGUGUGAAACCUUGUCUGGAAACAGCUGUCCCCUGGUGACCAUUACAGCAAUGCCAGAGUCCAAUUAUUAUGAGCAUAUCUGUCAAUUCAGAAAUCGCCCUUAUAUUUUCUUGUCUGCUCGGGUCCAUCCUGGAGAAACUAAUGCAAGCUGGGUCAUGAAAGGAACACUGGAAUACCUCAUGAGUAAUAGCCCUACCGCCCAGAGCUUACGGGAGUCCUACAUCUUUAAAAUCAUACCUAUGCUGAAUCCAGACGGUGUCAUCAAUGGAAAUCACCGCUGCUCUUUAAGUGGAGAGGAUUUGAACAGACAGUGGCAAAGUCCAAACCCAGACUUGCAUCCUACAAUUUACCAUGCGAAGGGGUUGCUACAGUACCUGGCAGCAGUGAAGCGCUUACCUCUGGUGUAUUGUGACUACCAUGGCCAUUCUCGUAAAAAGAAUGUGUUUAUGUAUGGCUGCAGCAUCAAAGAGACAGUGUGGCAUACCCAUGACAACGCAGCUACCUGUGAUGUUGUGGAAGACACGGGAUACAGGACUCUGCCUAAGAUACUGAGCCACAUUGCCCCAGCAUUUUGCAUGAGCAGCUGUAGCUUUGUCGUGGAGAAAUCCAAAGAGUCCACAGCUCGGGUUGUAGUAUGGCGGGAAAUAGGCGUUCAGAGGAGCUACACUAUGGAGAGCACUCUGUGUGGUUGCGACCAGGGCAGAUACAAGGGUUUACAGAUUGGGACUCGAGAAUUGGAAGAAAUGGGAGCGAAAUUUUGUGUUGGUUUAAUGCGUUUGAAAAGACUGACUUCUACAUUGGAAUAUAAUCUGCCCUCCAACAUGCUUGACUUUGAAAAUGACUUAAUCGAAUCAACCUGUAAAGUGACGAGGAAUGCUGACAGCUCUGCGCUCCGGCUUUCCCCUGCAGUCCUUUGAAAUGGCUGGCACUCUGAUGACACCCUGCCCUUUGCCGCUGCCGCCUUUGCCCUGCUUCCCACUGGACUUUGCCCCGCACUUCCCCUUGCCGACUUUGCUCUGUAUCCUUUCACUGCAGUGAGCCAUGAGUGUGGACCCCGCUGUGUGCUCCUCUUCCUCUCAGCCUGUGCUCCAGGGGCUUUUGCUCGUCUGCCCAUUCUGAGUUGCUUGGUUGUCACAGAGAUGCUCGUGUUUAUGCUGAGAACAAUUGGAGCUAGAUCAUAUUGUCCAGCUGUAACUCAGAACUGCCAGUGUUGUCAUGGGCUGGUUCCUGCAGAUGGUCUCCUCUAAGUUCCACAGUCUUCAUUGUAGCUAAUACUCUCUGUGUACAAGAUGGUGCUGUUUAUAUAUUGUGAUUCUGUGCAUGAUGGGUGACCCAACCUUCUGGCUCCCUUCUCUGAGGACUGACUUUUGGCUCAUAGCUGGAGCUUAGUGGUGUCCCCUCCCUCCUUCUGUUCCUCCAUCCCCCUCUCUCUUUUUCUUUCUUUCCCUUUUUCCAAAUAGAUGUCCUUUGGGCAGCCAUAUUGUCCAGUAGCUCAGCUGACCUCUCUGUGUACUUGCACAUGCUUGUAAGUAUGUCAUAGUCAUUUCAGAAUGACACACAUACAUAUAUUUCCUAUGAAAAGGAAGGUGGUUGUGACUAUGUUAGGUAAUGUAUAUGAAGGUUGUUCUUAAGUUGUAAAGUGCACAGAACAUAUACCAGAGUUCAGCAGAUGAAAAUUAAUUGGUGCGAUUGGCCUUGUGCCCUAAAUCUUUCCCACUGAAGUAAAAUAGUGGUGGUGGGGGGGCAGGAGCAUUGAUGACCAUGUCAGUCGCUUUGCUCCUCACUGAAAGGGCUGAGAUGGAGGGUUGGGGAGAUUAAGUAGAAGAGUGGAACGCCAUGCCAGGUAGACAGACAACAGCACAGUGCGCUUUAGUCUGGGCCUCGUUCCCAGAGACAGUAUAGAGGGGGCUCUGCAGAAGAUAAGGACCUCAGGGUGGAAGUGGUUUCACAGCACAAGCCUGCAGCUAAGCUGAUUCCCCGUAGGGAAUAGCAGAUGGGGUGGGAGCAGAAUGGGGAGCCACCAGUAAAUAUCCCUUCAGUGUAAACUCACUUGUCCAGAUAAGAGCCUGUUAGGGAGAGAGAAUGACCUUGUUUCAGCAAGGUGCCUGUUGGUGCCUGGAGGUGAAGGGCUGCUGUAGGUGGGAUCCUGACAUCACAUUCUUACAUUCAUAAAGUAUUCAACAAACCUUUAUUGAAGCACCUGAAAAGUGCUUCUAGACAUUUCUGGGGGCACAGGAAGUGUGUAAGUGGGUAAGUCAUAGUUCCUGAUCUUUGGUUUAGUAUUGAGAAUUAGUAUUGAGAAAACAGGCAUGGGAACGGGUGGCUUGAGCUGUGUGUGUAUGGUGGUCAGAUGGAAUGUCUGUGUAGGGCACAAAGGAAAUGUGGAUGGGGAACUCAUGCCAAGGCGUUUAGGAGAACUGAGGAUGAAGUCAAGCUUACUUUGAAAAGAAACAUGAGCCAUUGGGAGAAGAAAGCGGGACGUACAUUUUGUGCAGAGAAAAGAAGUAUGACCAAAGUGUGUUAAGAACAUGUAGGGCUUGGUAUUGUCUGGAGAUUAAGGCUAGCUUUCUUCUGGAGAAUUUUGAGUUGUGUGACUUCCUGAGUAUAUAGAUUUGAGAACACAGAAGAGGAACAGAAAUAGUGGGGAAACAAUGAGUUUUCAACAUGCGGUGUCUGUGGUGUAAGUGAGAUAGCCAUGUAAUGUCUCUAGAACUCCAUGCAUGUACAAGAGGGUUAGGUGAAGUCAGGUUACAUGUUUGCUUUUGGAACUUAAGAGAAUGCAUAAAUGGGGAGCUGGGAUCCAAGAGCAUCUUUAUCAGAUCACAUGCUCUGUAGGGCAGCAACAGAGAGGAGAGAAAGCAAACCAGAGUGGAAGAGUCAGAAUUCUCUCCACAGUGAGUGCAGCCGAGCCGCUGGUAGGAAUGGCAGUGGAGUCCUAUUGUGAGGGCUGGGCAUGUGCAGUGUGGAGAACUGCAUGCCUUCCCUUCCUCUCCUUCCAUAAGCCUGAUUUGUAGACAUGUCUGCUCUGCUCUCUCCUCUCUGAUCCCUGCAUGCUUUCCUGGCAGACGCCGUGUCUCCUUUCCCAGCAGUGGUGACCAUGUUGCACGGCCAGUGCCACUGUGAGCCGAGGAGCAGAGCGUUCUCAGGACCUGAGUGACCACAGUGGGCUACAGGUGUGGACUCAGAGGAGGGGCUUUGCCUCCUCUCUCCCUUCUCUUUACCAGAACAGGUGACACCAUGAGCAGGGUUCUUGGUGAACGAGGCAGGCGUGGUUUGUUCUUGCCAAACUGAUGAGUAAGCCAUGACUUGCCAUGAGGGAAACAGCCUCUGGUGCAGCCCUGCCCGUCUCUUGCUGUGCUCCCCUGGAGCUUGCUCUCUUGGUCUGAGGCUCCCAAGUCCUUGCUCUCCUUACUCUGGCACCUCUCUUGUUCUCUCUUUUCACUGGUGCACAGAUUUAGGAGACGGUCUUCAGACCCUUUUCCGAUUUCCAGCUAAUGAACUUUGGAUUCACUUUUACACACACAAUCAAUCCUUAUUUUGACCCUGCUCCUUGUAACCGACCUGGUUCCAGCCUCUGCUCUCUCAGUGGCCAUUGAGCUACACCUCCUGGUUCAAGGUGUCUUCAAGCACUGCUCCUAACGUGUGGGGUCUGUCGCCUUACUCCCUCUUGCGAAGCACUGUCUCUGCCUCUGUGCCUCACCUGCCUGGAGCUGCCCUGUCCUCCGCCCUCUAGCAGCCUCUCUGCUGGCCCUGCCGUGCUCCUCUCUGACUGUCAGUCUGCAGCCAGGACUAAGCAAAUAUGUGCCAAGAGGCUGCCUGUUCUCUCCACUUAGUUCCCGUCUCAGCCUCUUAAGGCUCACCUAGAACUUUUAGGAGUGUCUGAAACACUGAGGUCAAAGGUGAACCAAUUAUUAUAUUUCAAAAGCAAGAGAGAUAGUAACAGCCAUGUCAAAAAACAGACAAUCUUUUUUAUAGUCUUUCUGCCCAUGAAAAACUACCUAUGGAACUUUUAACUACGUGUUUAAAUUUCAUAGUAAGUUGUCCUUGUAAAUGUUGGGUCUAUGAAGUCUUGUUCAUUUUCCAAGCCAGUCAGCAGUCAGCAUCUUAUCUGGACCGUGGUAUGCUGUGUAAGCUAUGAACUUAUUUUUUUGUUUGUUUCAAGACAAGGUUUCUUUCUGUAGUCCUGGCCAUCCUGAAAUUUGCUCUGUAGACUAGUCGGGCCUGGAACUCAGAGAGUCAUCUGCCUCUGCCUCCCAAGUGCUGGGAUUGAAGGUGUGCUCCACAACCACUGGGCAAGAAAGCUCUGAACUUCUAAGGGAAAAAUCCGUUAUGUGUCAGAGUAAGAUGGCUUGAAGUCCCAUCCCUACUCCCGACACAGACACAAACACACAGACACACACACCACACUUUCCUCUGCAAGAGUAAAGCUCACUGGAGGAGGAAGAUGUGCUUUUUCAGACAGAAUUGACUUUUUCCAUGCACUAUUGCAACUACAGGACCCCCUGCCGUCUGCUCCAGCGCUGGCCUGGGAGCUCAGCUCUGUGUUCUCUCGUCUCAGGGUCGGCUGACCCGCGCUGCUUCUUAUUUUAACAGACUGUUUCCUCUUUUGUCUGGUUGUAUAGUUUUUGGUUGUUUCACUUAUCAGAAAUAGUUUUUUGGAAGUGGCCUGUAAGCAAACAUACAUAUGAAAUUUGGGUUGAUUUGGUCACAACUGCGGAGUGUGUGGAUUGUCCCAGCAGUGAGUUCUUGAUGUGAGUGUGUAAUUCCCACCACUGGGAAACAGUAAUGGGAGAGCUGUUUUCAUCCCUCACACACUACCUGAAGAAAUGCACAAACAUCUUAUUCUCUACCCAGUGGGAAGUAGUCAGUCUGUGUGUUGAGUAAUCACAUUGUGGGGAUGUGACUGUGACCAUUUCACAGCAGUGAGUUCACUGUAGAUGUCAGUGGCUCUAACUCAUUCUCCCAGGAGGCAGUUAGGUGCCACAGUUUCUCACACAGCCUGUUGGAACUACCUGUUGCCUGAUUUGCAGGGAUUAAAAUAGAACUUUAAGAUAAAUCUUCAAAAUGUGUGUGUUGAUGAAAUCCUUGAACUAACUCUUGAGUGAAUCCACUUCCCUUGUGCCUAUGAUGUGCUGUGUUCGAAUCCUUCAGUGUCACUACAGACGGCCAUGUCACCCCCACUGCUGGGCCAAGUGGCUCUCAGCUGGUAGAAACAUCGUGUUCAUUUGUAUGAAGUCUCCAGUUAAUCGGAGCUGCGUGUAUUACUGAGGUCCAGGUUGAUGCCUGUGAGUGGUGUGUCCGAGUCAGGGUCUCAUGAAGCCUUGUGUGUUCUGUGCUUUGG